UUUUUUGAGUUGUGCUAAAAAAAUAGAUUUUUUUAUUUCAGACAUGAUAAACUGAACAAAUAUGUCUUUCUUUAACUGGAGAAAGUUAAACUUUUUUGACAUCUCCAAGGAUGUGGAUGGUGGUGUUGUUAGUAAGAACCUGGGAGAAUGUCAGAUUUCAUGUACUACAAGUGGAAGAGGAAACCUCAUAGUUGGGGAUACGGGAGGAAACAUCUGGGUUUACAACAGGCACUGGGAGUCUACUCGCCUCACACAAAAUGAGGGAUCUGUAAUCCAGCUGGUUCUGCCACGUCAAUCGAACUAUCUAUUUGGACUGAGUGAGAUUAAAGGAGUUCGCUGUUUAAAGGUUUGGGAUCUGGAAAAGGAUUUCGGAAACAAUCAAGUUCGAGUUUCCGAUCUGUGUUUAGCAGGGAAUCCAAGUGAUCCUGUUUGUUUGGCUGUCAAUGAUAACCUCCAGCUGCUGGCUGUUGGGUACCAGAAUGGAGCUGUUGUUCUCUACAGAGGAGAUUCAACUAAGGAGAAAGGGACCAAACAAAAAUUUCUUCUGGAGAAGGGAGAUAUGGUCUCAGGUCUUAGUUUUAUAGUAACCAGCUCUGCUAUCCUUCUUUACUUGGCUACCACCAAGGAUGUCUUUCUGUUCAAUGUUACUGUAAAAGACCGUGAGACCAAGCUUGUCCUUGACAAUCUAGGUUGUGAACCAGGUUUGGCUAUUUCAACCAGCAAUUUCCCAGACGCCCAUUUUAUAACUGGACAGAGGGAUGCCCUUUACUUCUAUAAUCCUGAGGGCAGAGGGCAAUGCUAUGUGUUUGAAGGGAAAAAGAAGGUAAUGAAAUGGUUUAGAGGAUAUCUAAGUGUUGCUACCGAGGAGGGUAAUGGAAAGGACUCCAUCACAAUAUUUGAUGUUCAGAAUAAAGUGAUCUGCUUCUCUGCACCAGUCCGCCAUAUUUUCUCUCUGUCUGCGGAAUGGGGAACUUUACUUCUUAUCUCUAGUGAUGGGAAGAUUAUUCAGCUGCAAGAGAAAGAUCUUCAGUCAAAGCUUGAUCUUCUGUUCAAGAAGAACUUUUAUGAUGUUGCAGUUAAGGUUGCCCGUGGUCAGAAUUUGGAUAAGGAGGGCCUUGUUGAUAUAUUUAGACAGUAUGGGGACCAUUUAUAUGACAAAGGAGAUCACUCUGGGGCAAUUGAUCAGUAUGAAAAGACUAUUGGCUGCUUAGAACCCUCAUAUGUGAUCAGAAAGUUUCUUGACACCCAGAAAAUCCAUAAUUUAACAGCUUAUCUUCAAGCUUUACAUAGAAAAGGAGAAGCUACAGAGGACCACACCACCCUUCUUCUGAACUGCUACACUAAACUAAAGGACAGCAAGAACCUUGAUGAGUUUAUCAUGACCAAGGACCGUGAGGUUGAUUUUGAUGUUGAUAUUGCCAUCUCUGUGUGCCGGCAAGCAGGCUAUUUUAGGCAUGCAUUAGCUUUAGCAGAGAAGCAUAAGAAGCAUGAUCUUUAUCUCAAGAUUCAGAUUGAUGAUGAGAAAGAUUAUGAAAAGGCACUAAACUACAUCAGUUCCCUGUCCCCUGCACAGGCUGAAGAACAACUUUCCUUGUAUGGGAAUAUUCUGAUAGAAAAGCUGCCAAAGCAAACAACUAAUAUUUUGAAGGAUCUUGUCUCUAAAGAAUGCCAGCAUCCAGAGCUGUUUAUUCCUUUCUUUAUUAAAACCCGGGAGGGCAUGCUUGACUACUUGGAACAUGUGGUUCAAGUACGGAAGCUUGUACCACCACAGGUUUGGAAUACUUUGUUGGAAUAUAAUCUCCAUACUUACAAAACUCUAGAAAAUCCCGCAGAUUUAAGAAUCAGAGAGGAAAAGAUUAUGCAGAUUCUAACUAGUGACACUUCAAACUAUGAUCCGGAUCAGGCGCUUGUACUUUGUCAGCUAAAUCAUUUUUCUCCUGGAUUCCUCUACCUCUACCAGAGGUGCGGACUCCAUCAAGAGAUCCUCCGCUACCACUUCGAGGCCGGCAAUUACGAGGCCGGUAUUCUUGCUUGUCGGAGGUUUGGACCUCAAAAUCCAAACCUUUGGGUGACAGCACUACAGUCAGUAGCAUCAUCAGGUGUUGAAGUUCCUCAGAAUUAUUUUAAAGAAGUUCUUGAAAAUAUUGAGAAGAAUCGUCUGCUCUCCCCUCUGCUUGUAGUAACUACCUUGUCUAGUUGUCCAACAGCUAGUCUUGGUGUGGUCAGGGACUAUCUCCUACGAACCCUGAGGGUUGAGGAGACCAAUAUCCAGGAGGAUACAAGGAUACUCGAACAGUACAGACGGGAUACAGAAGCACUUAGAGAAACCAUUCAUGGACUCAGAACUGAGGCUGUAGUGUUCCAGUCUACAAAAUGUUCAGCUUGCAAUACUACUCUAGAGAUUCCAACGGUGUACUUCCUUUGUCAGCAUGGAUAUCAUCAACAUUGCUUCCAGAGUCUGGCAGACAAUGAGCAGGAGUGCCCCAAGUGCCAGGAGGAGAAUAAGAAAAUCCUGGAUAUCAUCAAAUCCCAGGAUGCAGCCAGAAACCAGCAUGAUCAGUUCCACGCCCAACUAGAGAAGGCGGAGAAUGGAUUUUCAAUUGUUGCGGAAUAUUUUGGUAGAGGUCUCUUCUCCGCUCCUCCUUCCCUUCAACCAAUUAAUCAAGGUUCUGGGUCUAGUAGAGAUCUGAACCAGGCUCAGGGUAUUGCGGAGAAUAUGUCGAGCUUAAACCUUUCAGAAGGAAGGAUGAGAGCUGGGGAAAGAGCUGGUUUGACGGCUCCUAUACUAGAAUCGGAAGGACGAUUAAGACAAGCAGCAGGUUCAGCAGGACGACGGUUUGAAGAGAAGAGUGAAGGAAGAAUGAGAUCUGAGAUAAAAGUUGGUCGGUUAGAUGUCGAGCAGAGUGAGGGACGACUACGAGCGGAUAUGCGAGGAGCAGGAGUUAAACCUAAUCUGGAAAGUGAAGGAAGACUACGUGCUGGUCAAUCAAGCCAGGUUCCAAUGAACACUCCUAGUGAUGCGAGGCUACGGAUGGGAGAAGGAUCAAGGUUGGGUGGAAGUCUUAAUUCAAAUAUUACCCGACAAAAAAUGGAACGGAGAAGUCCUAUUGGAUAUGGUUUCCAAGAACCAACUAUAAGUAAGGACAGAAUAUCGCCCCAGAAUCCUUUUGGUAGCCCAGAUAGUGGAGAGUCUCUAAGUGAGUCCAACCCGUUUGCUGAGAAACAAAUGAAACAGCCACGCCCUAGUUCUCAUUUAAGCUCCAGUGUUGGCGGAUCUAAAGGAGGAGGCGGUGCGGAGAACCCAUUUGGCGGCGGAGGAGGAGGAGUAGAGAAUACAUUCGGCGAAGAUUAUGACGACGAGCUUAAUCCGUUUGCUGAUUAAAAUAAUUAAAGAAUAUAAAUUUAUUUACUAUU